AUGGCUGAGGCUGGCCCAAGUCGUGCUCGCCCUGGCGGUGCUGGCGUCCCUUUACCUGAAAUUGAAGCCCGUCGCCUCAUCGGCGCCAUAGCCAGCAACAAGGCCACCUUAGCUGACAAGACCCAAUUCAGACAUCAAGUCGCAACUUCGCGAGAAUUUCAUGGACUGGUGCUCAAAGAGCUGAGUUCGGAAGACUCGGAAACAGGCCUUCGUGAUAGACGGCGCCUACAGAAAUUCUAUAACAGCAUCGAUGAAGAUCAAAGAAGAACCACCGACCCUCGUGACAUUCGCGCACGGGUACAAGAGGUUCGCCGGGAAAUAGAUCGCCGGAAUCGCGGACAGAACAGGGGUCAAUUUCGACGGACGGAGGCUGAAAGGAGAGUACCUGAUACGAAUGUCCCCGAAAGGAAUGCUCAGGCUGGUGAACGAGCUGCUUCGCUUACAGAAGCUGGAUCUAAUCCACGUUCCAAUCUUACUUCAUUGGCUGGCUCAGCAGGGUUUCGAGGCGAACGAGCUGGUGAAGCUCCACAACCGAUUGCGGCCGGAAGUAUCCCGCCUCUGGACUAUGCAAUUGGAACGGUUGUUAUUCAUCCCCAUCUACCAAGUCUCUUCGAUCUGGUGGCGUUCAAUAUUGCCACGCAAGAUCAGUUCAAUAGUUUCAUGCGGGUUUUACUUGAAGGAAAUCAGGAGCAGGCUGUUGUUGAACGAAUCAGAAGCCUUUUUUACCGAUCAGAACGCGACGCAGCGUUACGUUUAUACGCUGUACUGAUGCAAGCACACGUUCUUGUCCUGACUCAAUUGUCAUCCCGUUAUGCGAUACAAAAUAGUGGUGUGCGAAAUUCCACACAAAAGCGAGAUUUGUAUCAACUUAUCAUCAAAGUACGUGACGGUUCAGCCUCAAGACAACAAAAGGAUCAUUUUCAACAGCUUCUAAACCAUGAAGACUUUCGAACAAUGAUAAUCGAUCUGCAGAUUUUUUGUGACCUAACGGCGACAGAAGAGGGACCGAAGAUGGCCAAAGCACUCAAGGACGAACUCGUGCGCUAUGGAGCUGGAUCCGCUUUGCAGACAAGAUAUGCUCGUAAAUCUCCAUCUUUGAAACUCUCGAGCAUCGUGGGUGAACGUGCAGCAAAUGCACCGCCUGAAACGACUGUUCCCUCAGAUGCCCGCGUAUUUGAUUUACUGAUUGACCGAAUAGAAUCGGCAGGAUCGAGCACUGCGGAACCAGAGAAGGAGUUAUUUAGUCAAUUCAUGAGGGGUGAGCGCUUUCGGCUGUGCGUCUUGCAUCGAGUACGAAGGUAUAAGAGAGAACCCACAACUUCCACGCUCAGGAGACUGAAUGCACUAUUGGAUGCAAUCGACUGGGAUAUGACAACACUGGUGGGAAGGGAGCUUGUGCUAAAAAAUCUUGCAGACAAUGGAGUGUCCGAAAUGGUUCUCAUCAACCGUGUAGCCAACAAUACUGCUACAGAGGACCAAAAGCGGCGUUUCCGAGGCCGACUCUUCUCAAAUGUCAUUUUUAGGAUGCUAGUCUCUGACCAGAUCAGAAAAUGCGGACAAGCAGGCGCACAGGACAAAGUGGGGCGACUCCUCGUACUGAAGGGAAUGGAAAUGGGCCUCCCAACACCUUCAGAGCAGGAGAAGUUAUCCGUAGAAGGGCAAGCAGCUGCAGCUGCAUCAGUGAUUGCACCGCCACCAGCGGCAGAAGGUGCCCCACCAGCAGCACCAGUACCAGCACCUAACCCUGAUCCCGAGGUAGUGACAUGGAUUUUCCCCCCAGAAGUUCGGCCCUAA